CAGAAUAAACUGAAAACACCCCAGGCGGUUCCAGAGGGAAACCUCCGGCUGCGAAGGAUGGGGCGACCAUGACGCCAAUUAAACGCGUCAGCUCGGCGCGCAGUCGGCAGCCCCGCCCCCUCGCCAUUAGCCCCGCCCACACGCGUCCCGCAGCGUUUGCCUCAGGGCUGCGCGUGGGCCCGGCGGCGGUUGCUGUGCUCCCGGCGUAGCUCCCUGGGCAGCGGGAGCUGCUGUAGCGAUUGUGGUGAAUAUCUGCAAAGGAACGUUCGCAAGCUCCUGUGACUGGAGGUGUGCUCCAGGAUUGGUUGCUGAUACUGGAAAGCUCACCUCCCUCCUCCCGCGCCCCUCACCCCCGCCUGUUUCUGUCGGCUUUGAUCGCCGUGGACAAGCCCUUCAGAUCAGUGCUUCUGAAGGAUUGAGGGCUGUUGUUGCACAGUAACUCAAGAAUUGAAAGAAAUUUUUAAGGCAAAGAUCAACUCAGAGAAGCAAAGAUCACAGAGAAGCAUGUACACUAAAGAACCACAAAAUGAACACUUGGAGGAUGAAAAUGUCCAGUCAUCUACAAUUACUGAGACCCUCAAAGCUGAUGAACAUGAAGAAACUAAGGAAACCAUCUUGCCAGAAACAGAGGAAACAAAAUCACAGAUAGAAGAGAAGGUUUUUUGUCCUUCACUGAAUAGAGCUAUUACAAGUGGAAGUAUACUUUUUAUGAUAUGGUGUGUAGCCUGGGUAUUCUCAGGCCCUGAAGUUCUUCCUAAUGGAGGUUUAUUUGGACUUUUAAUUAUCUUUUAUUGUGCCCUUAUUGGGGGGAAACUUUUGGAAAUCAUUAAAAUACCUUCAGUGCCUAAAAUUCCUCCUCUCCUUGGGAUGUUACUGGCUGGUUUUGUCGUUAGGAAUGUUCCAUUCCUCAGUGAUGUCACCUAUAUUAGUAAUGAACUGUCUUCAACUUUAAGAAAUACUGCCCUUACCAUUAUUCUAGUGCGAGCUGGGCUUGGACUCGAUCCAGAGGCUUUGAAGAAUUUGAAGCGAGUUUGUAUAAGAUUGUCUAUGGGUCCAUGUCUAAUGGAGGCUUGUUCAACUGCUGUUAUUUCCUACUUCCUUAUGAAUUUUCCCUGGAAGUGGGCAUUUCUGUUGGGUUUUGUAGUCGGUGCAGUUUCUCCUGCUGUUGUUGUCCCUUCCAUGCUACGUUUGCAAGAAAAGGGAUAUGGUGUUGAGAAAGGCAUUCCAACCUUAUUAAUAGCUGCCAGCAGUUUGGAUGACAUCGUGUCUAUCUCUGGAUUCAAUGCAUGCUUCAGCAUAGUUUUCUCCUCAGGUAACAUAUCUAAUAACAUCCUAUCCCCUCUUCGGGAUGCAGGUCUUGGUGUGCUUUCAGGAAUUGUUUUGGGAAUGUUUGCUCGACAUUUUCCAAGUAGCGAUCAGGGAAAACUUGAAGUGAAGAGAGCGUUUUUAAUUUUGAGUAUGUGUAUUUCUGCUGUCUUAGGCAGCCAUAAAUUUAAUAUGAACACAGCUGGAGGAUUGUGCACACUAGUAUUGAGUUUCAUUGCAGGGACAGGUUGGUCCAAAGAAAAGGUUAGAGUCCAAAAAAUUAUUGGAAUUGCGUGGGAUAUUUUCCAACCUCUUCUGUUUGGUUUGGUUGGAGCAGAAGUAUCUGUUGCAUCUCUUAAAUCAAAUGCUAUUGGCGUUUCUGUUGGUACCGUGAGUUUGGCAUUAUUGGUUAGAAUUUCUUUUACAUUUGUAUUGAUGUCUUGUGCCGGUUUUAAUUUUAAGGAGAAAAUAUUUAUUGCUUUAUCAUGGAUGCCGAAAGCUACAGUCCAGGCUGUAUUAGGUCCUCUGGCUCUAGAAAAAGCAAGAAUGAGUGCACCCCAUUUGGAAUCAUAUUCGAAGGAUGUGAUGACAGUAGCCUUUUUAUCCAUCUUGAUCACAGCUCCAAAUGGAGCUCUAAUUAUUGGCAUUCUGGGACCUAAACUACUCACUCGCUAUGAUACAAACAAAGUGAAAAUGGAGUUAUCAGGAUCACAACCUCAUUAAAAAGUUGAUUUGCCAUCACUUGCCUGCUUCUCUUAAUGAAUUCUCUUACAUAAGGGAAAAAUUAAAAGGUACACAUACGUGAAGAAUGUACAUAGAAGCAAACCUUUAAUAAAUAUAUGAUUUGACUACAGAGGAUUCCUAUAAUUUUUUUAUCCCAAAGUUAAUUUAAUAAAGAUAA